AUGCGGUUUGCCCGUGGGCGCCUCCACCCCAGCCGCCACGCCCACACACUGCCGCACCAGCAUCGGCUGCUGCUGCUGCUGCUGCUGCCAAUACUGACGUUCGGGAUGUCGGUUGUGUCUGCAGCACAGCCCCUCGAGCGUCCACACAUCGUGUUCAUCCUCGCCGACGACCUGGGCUGGAAUGACGUCGGCUUCCAUGGGUCUGACGAGAUUCCGACACCCAACAUCGACGCUCUGGCGUACCACGGGGUGAUCCUCAACAGCCACUACGUGCAACCUCUGUGCACGCCGUCCAGGGCCGCUCUCCUCACCGGAAAGUACCCCCUGCACACCGGCAUGCAACACCUGGUGAUCCUGGAGCCGGAACCUUGGGGACUCCCUCUGAACGAGACGCUGCUGCCACAGCGCCUGCGCGGGCUCGGCUACGCGACGCACGCCGUCGGCAAGUGGCACCUGGGCUUCUACCAGAGGGAGUACACGCCCACCUACCGCGGCUUCGACUCUCACUUCGGCUUCUGGAACGGCUUUCAGGACUACUACGAUCACACCGUACAGGCCUCCUUCUCGCCGUUCAAAGGCUACGACAUGCGCCGCGGUCUGGAGGUGGACUACGACAGCGCGGGCCGCUACUCGACCGACGCCUUCAGCGAGGAGGCGGAGCGCGUCAUAGCGCGGCACGACGCCUCGCGGCCGCUCUUCCUCUACCUGGCACACCUGGCGCCGCACGCCGCCAACCCGGCGCAGCCGCUGCAGCCGCCGCCGCGGCCGCUGCCGGACCUUCGCCACAUUGGCGACCCCGCCAGGAGGGCCUACGCAGCGAUGGUGUGGCGACUGGACGAGUCCGUGGGCCGCGUGGUGUCCGCCCUGGAGAGGCGCGGCCUGCUGGAGAACUCUCUGCUGGUGUUCGCCUCGGACAACGGGGCAGCCACGAGCGGCGUGCACGCCAACCACGGCUCCAACUGGCCCCUCAGAGGGAUGAAGGGCACACCCUGGGAGGGCGGCGUGCGCGGCGUCGCCGCAGUCUGGAGUCCGCGGUUGAAGCCCAGGGUUUCCCGGCAACUGAUGCACAUCACGGACUGGAUGCCCACUCUGUACUCGGCCGCCGGGGGUGACGUGCGGUCUCUGGGCCGCCUGGACGGAGUGGACAUGUGGCCAUCGCUGCUACGUGGCGGCACCAGCUCCCCGCGUCGUCAUGUGCUCAUCAACAUCGACGACCGCGAGGGCUACGCCGCUCUGCGCGUCGGAAAUUUAAAAUACGUUAACGGUACUUGUGCGGAGGUUGCACAAAGGCGACGGACGGCGCGGGAGCCGGGGAUUUCUUCCGACAGCGGCGGAGCCACUCUUGCGUGGCUGCGGCUGCGCUGGCGAGAGGGCAACGCGGCGCUAGACCGGUGGGGCGGCUGCGAGCCGGCAGGGCUGUCGGGUUGGGAAAACGGCGAGGCCCACAUGGGCGCCGGCCUGGAACGCCGCACCGCCCUACACCACCACACGCAGCGACACAGUAGUGAGAGCAGCAGCAGACGACUGACGGCAUGUGUUGUGGUGUUGUGGGUGCCCUCAGGAUCGGCGUUUCUGGGGUUCCUGGACGGCUGGGAGGGGUCACCGGGACGCCGCGGCCACUACAACGUCACGAGCGUCUACCUCAGCCCGGCGUGGAGGGCGCUGUCCCGCUACACCAAGGUGACGGAGGAGACAGUGGCGGCCGCUCGCAGCGCCGCCCUGGUGGAGUGCCCUGGUGACGACGGAGAGGCAGUCGAGUGCGACCCGCUGUUGGAGCCGUGCCUGUUCGACGUGGAGGCGGACCCCUGCGAGAGGCGGAACCUGUACAGGGGGCAGGACGGCCGCUUCGGUCCCCGCUUCGAGGAGGUGCUGGACCUCUACAGGCGGACGGCCCGGCAGCCGCUCAACGUCGACGCCGACGAUAAUGCGGACCCUGCGCGCUGGAACAACACGUGGACCACCUGGGGGGACUUCGUCCACUGA